ACUGCUCUCGUGCACACAGUGACUCGACUGGCGGCUUCGGGAGCAUGGGCAUCGCACGUGAUAGAAUUCACAAGAGGUCAAAGAGUGGUGCGCGUCGUGAGCGCAAUAGGAAGAAAAGGAAGUACGAAAUGGGUCGCCCUGCUGCGAUGACAAAACUUGGCCCCAAACGCGUUCAUACCGUUCGUGUUCGUGGUGGAAACUUUAAACUCAGAGCUAUGCGUUUGGAUCAGGGAAACUUCAGCUGGCCUUCUCAGGCUGUUUCCAGGAAAACCCGUAUUAUUGACGUUGUCUACAAUGCAUCGAGCAACGAACUUGUGCGCACGAAAACGCUUGUGAAAAACGCCAUCGUACAGAUUGAUAGUGCUCCUUUCCGGCAGUGGUUUGAGGCGCAUUACCUCAAAGAGCUUGGUCGUCGGAAAGUUCAAACUGGGAAGGGCGCUCAGGCUGCUCCUGUAGACACAGCUGAAGAUGAUAUUUUGCAAAAACAGCGAAGCAAAUCUGCCAUGAAGAAAUACGAGGCACGCCAAGCUCUUCCGCAGGCCAAUGUGGAAGAUGCACUCAAAGAGCAGUUUAUGUCCGGCAGACUUUUAGCUUGCAUAUCUUCUCGUCCCGGUCAGGUCGGUCGUUCUGAUGGCUACAUCCUGGAAGGAAAAGAACUAGAGUUCUAUUCGAAGAAAUUGAAAGCGAAAAAGUCCAAAUGAUUGUAUAAUAGAAUACUUUUUGUGGUCUC